CGAGGAGGCUGGGUCAUCUGACCUGGCUGCUACUACUUAGUUUUAGAAACAUCCCAUCUUUGAAUGCUUCUCUUCCUCCGCUUCAUUCUUAUUCACUCGAAUGAUUGUCAAUCUCCUUCGUUGCUGGCCCGAGUACCAUUGAUGAGAUGUGAAGUCAAUCUCUCGCCCCCAACUAGUACGCGGAACAUAUUCCGCCUGGUCGUUCAAACCUUCGGCUGUGCUUCUGUGACACCGAAAAUAACUAGGCGAUGUCGGCACAGGAACGCCAUUCAGCGGACUUUGCCAAUUGCCGAUAAGCGCCAGGCCUCUUGAUAGCUAGAUGCAUAUAGGGUACUCCAACAAAGGCCUUCUGUAGAUCAUUAUUGGUCUGCAUUCCGAUUCCGAGAUGUAGACAGUG